UGAAGCGUCUACACAAAUAAGCAUUAAAUUAACACAAAAUGUCGCACAAAGUGUGUGUUGUUUACGCAGUUCUCAGUAUCCUUUUGUAUACCACAGCAACCGUACAAGCGGGUGUGCUACGCGCUGAGAAGCUAGCUGAGUCACCAGUAACAGAAGCACAAGCCAGCGGGAGCGAACAAACGGAGAGCACAACCAUCGAUAUUAUUGUCGGCGAUGAAGUGGCGUUCAGCAGAGAUGAAGAUGCGACUGUGAAGAUUGCUAUUGCCUCCUUAGAUCCGGCACCGGACACGGUCGAAGGCAUUGAAAUCACGUUGGACACAGUGGACGCUAAAACUGAGGAACCAAAGCAAGAGGAGGCGGCUGAAACGCAAACAGAGGAGGCAGCGCAAGCCGAAGCCGCGCUCAGCAGAGAUGAAGUCGCCACCAUCAAAGUCAAUACGCACGAAACUGUUGAUCUUGCACAGAGUGUACCAGCCAGCAGCGUGGAAAUCACAGGCACACCACAAAAGUCAUCCAAGCUGUUGUUGCUGAGCACACCAAGACUGGCACGCGAGCAGGAGGAAAAUAUUGCCGAACCCGAAGAUGUUGAUAUCAACACCGCCUUAUCCACGGAUGACACCACCGAACUAAGCGUUGAGAAUCAAAGUGACAACGACAAGUCCAGCGCGGAAAGUGAAGAGCAGGACACAAAAGCCGCCACUGAAGAACCCAGCUUCCUCACACGUGUACGCGAUGCAAUUUUUGGCAAAAAACCAGCGGACGAAACCACAGCAAAAUUGGAUGAGCAAGAAGUUGCACCAACACCGAGCGAUGAGUUGUUGAAGGCGGAUAAGGCUGAGAUUAAGAAAGACGAAGAGGCCGCCAAACCAGCCGCUGCAGAACAGACGCCAGCGCCACAUAAUGAUAAUGCAGCGACCGCGGUGCUAAUCGAAACCGAGGCUGACUAUGUGCUCGUCGACAGCGAUGUCGAGCACCUGGAGCAUCUGGGCAGUUUCACACAUGCUGACAGCGAGGAAUACUUGCAGCCCAUUGUGCACUCCGUGGAAGUAGUGCCGUCACAUUUUGAGGAACCGCUGCUUUUCACCACCAGCUACGUGCACGCUUGGUAGUCGGACAGCGUGGAUCGUGGCAAGCAGUUAUUGUUAAACUAAUUUUAAUGUCAUGUUUUAGUUGCUUGUGCUCUGCGUUUGCUUUUUCGCAGCUUCUGUUUUUCAUGCUUGGCGCAAAUAGUUAUAGUAUUCCAUUCCAAAGUGUAAA